AUGUUUUCUUUACAGCAAAAAAUAAUAAACUAUAAAUUACUUUUUAAAAAAUACUUAGAAUAUGGCUGUGUAAAUAAAAAUCAUCUAAACAAAUUAUUUACAGACAUAUAUAUUGAAUUAAAGAGUAGAUAUAGGAAUACUUUUUUAUUACUAAAAUCUUCUCUAAUAUUCUUUCUUUUUCUUGUUCCUGAAGAUCAGCUGUUGUUGAAAACAUCAAAUGAAAUCAAACAGAUGUUUUAUUUAGGAAACAUAGUAAAAAAUUGUAAAAAAGAGGAUUCUACGAAUUUAGAUGUAAAUAUUGUAGAAUACUUAGAUGAAGUAGAAUUUAUCGAAGAAUCUAUAAAUACAUAUAAUUUUACACGUAUCAACACCAAUGUUAAUCUAUUAGAAUAUCAUCCUUUAGUAUUACAAUAUCAUGAACAUAAAGAUAAAAUUAUUAAAAGUUUAAUAAAUAAAUUAAUACUUGCUAUUAAGCUAGAUAUAUUUAAUAGUGAUAAAGUAAUAGACUACUAUAGUCAAAUACAAAUGAAUAUUAAUAAGCCUAAAAUACAAGUCAAAUCUAAAGAAAUGAAAAGAAAAACUACUAGGGGAGGAAUAAAGAAAAAAAUAAAAUUAUUAAAAAGCACUUUAAAUAAAUAA